AUGGCUGCUACAAGCAAUGUGACUGAAAUCAUAUUCUUGGGAUUUUCCCAGAACCGGGAUGUGCAGAAGUUAAUUUCUGUGGUGUUUCUCCUCAUGUACACGGCCAUUGUGCUGGGUAACGGCCUCAUUGUGGUGACCAUCAUGGCCAGCAGGGGGCUCACCUCCCCCAUGUAUUUCUUCCUUGGCUAUUUAUCCUUUGUGGAGAUCUGUUACUGUUCUGUCACGGUCCCCAGACUCAUCCUUGAUUCUUUUUUGGGGAGGAAAGUCAUUUCCCUCAAGGGCUGCAUCACACAGAUAUUUUUCCUCCAUUUCUUUGGUGGCACCGAGAUCUUUCUCCUGACGGUGAUGGCCUACGACCGCUACGUGGCCAUCUGCAAGCCCCUGCGCUACACCGUCAUCAUGAGCCCGCGCGUGUGUAGCCUCCUGGUGGGGGUGGCAUGGGGUGGGGGCUUGCUGCAUUCUGCCGGGCAAACCUUCCUCAUUUUCCAGCUGCCCUUCUGUGGCCCCCAGGUCCUCGACCACUACUUCUGUGACGUCCACCCGGUGCUGAAGCUGGCCUGCUCGGACACUUUCCUCAUCGGCAUACUCGUCAUCACCAAUGGCGGGUCCAUCUCCGUGGCCAGCUUCACCGGGCUGCUCGCUUCCUACGUGGUCAUCUUGCAGUCCCUGAGGACCCAGACCUCAGAAGGCCGGCGCAAGGCCCUCUCCACCUGCACCGCUCACGUUGCAGUGGUGGCCCUGUUCUUCAUCCCCUGUUCCUUUGUCUACAUGAGGCCCUGUGUCACCCUCCCUGCAGACAAAGUAGUCGCCGUGUUCUACACGGUGGUCACACCUCUCUUAAACCCCGUCAUUUACUCCUUCAGGAAUGCUGAAGUCAAAAACGCCAUGAGGAGACUGAUGGGGAGGAAAGUGAUUUGGGACAAGAAAUAG